UCACAUUAUUGUUGACAGGUCCAGUUUCUCUGGUGUUUACCUGGAAGCCUUUCUUUCUCCUCCUCCCCCUGUCUCUCUGUGUAUCUCUCUCUAUAAGUAACGACGAGCUGAUAAGCGGUUAUUGCUUUAUAUAUAGUCAAUAACGAUGGAGACGAGAACUGUUCAAGUGAAGAACUUGUCAGAUCUAGCGACUGAAAGAGAGAUUCACGAGUUCUUCUCCUUCUCCGGCGACAUUGACAACGUUGAGAUCCUCCAAGAAUCAGGACAAUCAAAGGCAGCAUUUGUAACGUUCAAGGAUCCAAAAGCACUAGAAAUUGCAUUGUUGUUAUCGGGAGCAACAAUAGUAGACAAGAUUGUUACUAUAACUGCAGCGGAUAAUUAUGUGCCAAAGAAUGAGGUGCAUGCAGUGAGGUUGUUGGAUAACUCUGUGUCUUUUGCUCCUGUUCAGCAUGUGGUGCCAAAUGUUGAGCAGGAGCAAAACAGCCCACCUGGCAGUGGAAGAAUUUAUGUUUGUAAAGCACAAGAUGUGGUUACAAAUAUGCUGGCAAAAGGUUCAGUAAUUGGACAAGAAGCAAUGAGUAAGGCUAAAGCAUUUGACGAGAAGCACCAGUUGACGGCCACUGCGUCUGCCAAGGUUAUUUCUUUGGACAGGAGAGUUGGUUUUACUGAAAAAUUGACAGUUGGGAUUUCUGUUGUUAAUGAGAAGGUGAAGUCUGUUGACCAAAGACUUCAAGUGUCAGACAAGACAAUGGCAGCUAUAUUUGCAGCUGAGAAGAAAAUAAACAAUACAGGAUCAGCUGUCAAAUCAAGCAGGUAUGUGAAUGCUGGAACAUCUUGGCUAAAUGGCACUUUCAGUAAGAUGGCAAGAGCCGGUCAGAUUGCAGGCACAAAAACUAAGGAGAAGUUUCAUAUGGCUGUGUCAAACUUGACUGCCAAGGAUUCCCCCAUUGCUGCUUAAGACCAAAACGUUACCGGAAGUCGCUUUAACAAAUCAUUGUAACAAAUGCAUGCGGCGUGAUGUUGCUCUCAUCACUAUGAUGGAGAAUUUUGGUCGAAGAUAUGGUUGCAGACAUGAUAUCAGUUGGAAAGCAUCUGCUACAAUACCUAGUUGCUUGAUGUGAGCAAAUGGUUGUGCAAUUCAAUUUUUGCCCUUUCUUUAUAUUCUUUAAUUCAUAGGGUAUUAUUAUGGCUGUGUGUGGUGGGGUUCCCUUAAUUUUAUUUAUUUGUACUUGUAACAUUGGUUCUGAGGUCAAAAUCAAAACCAAGAGCAAGUUCUUGUACCUAACGUUUGUGUAUUUACUGCCAAUUUUUUUAAUCAGUUUUGAACUUUUAAGACAAGAA